AUGGUAGGACACGAAGAGAAGGUUGAGGAAGAUGCCGCUGAACUCAAAUUCCCUAAAGGUAUGGUUGUUAACUCUAAUUUAUCUUUUUUUUGUCUUUAGAGUUUGAAGUUGUUGGUUGUGAUGCGUUAAUGAUCUCUGAGGUGUUCCUACUCCUUGACCAUCGUAGAAAACAAAGUGAGGAGAAAGAAGAGAUCGAGGACAUGAGCGAGGCGUUUCUCCAGACCCUAAACUAUGCCAGAAGGUUCUCAAAAUUCAAGAGUCGUGAGACCAUUCGAGCCGUUCGAGUGUAAGAUAAUUUUUCUUUGUUUUAUUCCAUUUUUAGUAUCUUCACUGGUCGAAAUCAACUGCACAAGUUUGAGGUUGCCCAGCUAGCCAAUUUAUGCCCUGAAACUGCGGAAGAAGCGAAGGCGUUGAUCCCCAGGCAAGUAUAAUAUUAUUUUUUCUUUUAAAUUUUGGUAAAAGAUGUCUAAGAACUUGGUUUCAGUUUGGAGAACAAGAUGGAAGACGACGAGCUUGAAGAUCUUCUCAAAUCCCUCACAACUAAGAAGACUUUCCAAUGA